UGAUGAUAGCAAUCCCAGCCGUGGCCACCCAGGCCUUGGCCGUGAUUUUUGAAAACCAAGGAAAGCAGAGCGUGCUCCAAACUCUGCGUCAACCGAUCCAUCCAUCGGCAUGGCUGCUGGAGACGGCGAGCCGGUGCUGCAGUCCAAGAGCGUGUGCGUGGUGGGGGGCGGCAUGGCCGGCCUGGCGGCGGCGCGCGAGCUGCGGCGGGAGGGACACGCCGUCACCGUCAUGGAGCGGAGCGGCGACGUCGGCGGGCAGUGGCUGUACGACCCCAGGACCGACGCCGAGGACCCGCUCGGCGCCGCGGUGCCGGUGCGCGUGCCCAGCAGCAUCUACGCCUGCCUCCGCCUCAUCACCCCGCGGGAGGCCAUGGGCUUCUCCGACUUCCAGUUCCUGCCCAGGGACGGCCCUGGCCGCGACCCGCGCCGCUUCCCAGCCCACCGCGAGCUGCACUGCUACCUCCGGGACUUCUGCAACGCCUUUGGCCUCAUGGACGCCGUCAGGCUCAACACCCGGGUCCUGCGCGUCGCCCUCGCGCCGACGUCGACGACCACGACGCGCCAGUGGGCGGUGAGGUCCGUGCGGCGCCUCGGCUGCACCGAGGAUGAUGAAGCGCAGGAGGAGGAGGAGGUGUUCGACGCCGUUGUGGUGGCCACCGGUCACUACUCGCAGCCGAUGCUCCCGAGGGACAUCGAGGGCAUGGGGGAGUGGAGGCGCCGGCAGCUGCACAGCCACUCGUACCGGACGCCGGAGCCGUUCCGCGGCGAGACUGUGGUGGUGGUCGGGUGCGGGGACAGCGGCAAGGACAUCGCGCUGGACCUCUGCCGCGUCGCCAGGGAGGUGCACCUUGCCAGCAGCUCCGGGGUCGCCACGCCGGCCGUGUCGAGGAUGCUGGCCAACCACGGCGACGUGCUGCGCCUGCACCCCCGGAUCCGCCGUCUUCACGCCGACGGGCACGUGGAGUUCGUGGACGGCUCCUCCGUCGCGGCCGACACGGUCAUAUACUGUACAGGGUACACCUACUCGUUCCCGUUCCUGGACACGGGCGGGGCGGUCACCGUGAGCGACAGCGGCUAUGUGGUCGGCCCGCUGUUCGAGCACGUGUUCCCGCCGUCCCUGGCCCCGUCGCUGUCCUUCGUGGGCGUGCCGAGGAAGGUCCCGGUCCCGUGGUUCUUCGAGGUGCAGGCGCGGUGGGUGGCGCAGGUGCUGUCCGGCCGCCGCGCGCUGCCGGCGGAGGAGGAGAUGCUGCGGUCCGUGGAGGAGCACCUCCGCGCCAGGGAGGCCGCCGGAGUGCCGAGGAAGCUCACCCACAACAUCGGUGGCGUGGAACGUGAGAAGGUGUACGAGUUCGGGGAGAAGUACUCGGACUUGGCGCCGCUGGAGGAGUAGAAGGAGCUGGCCGUGGCCAACAUGGCGAGCAGGAUGGAGGACGUGGAGACCUUCCGCGACCGUGCCGACUACAGCGAGAAGGUCCGGAAGGGCCUGCAGGAAUGGCGCGGCCUGGCUGCUCAAGCUCAAGGCGCCAAAACUAUGUCCUGAACCGCUGCCGUUGACGUUGAAGGUGAUGUGCAGGCCAUGGCCAUGGGGGCCAUGCCUAAUUUAGCUCCUGCGCUAGCUGCUCCACUGAAUUACGACGUUUCGUGGGCGUGGGCAGAUUCAUUUUUAUUUAUUUUUGCAAGGAAGAUUCAAUUUCAUUCCCUUCGAGUUUCAA